GCCAACUGUGCCGCGGGAGGUCUUUCUGGACCUGCAGCGGUCUUUGCGGGUACAACAUGAUAAGCAGUUUCCGCCUUGCUAAAAAUACUGCUCCGCUUGUUUUCCUGUGUCGGUGUGCUCUCCCACUCGAUCAUGACAUCAAUGUCUAUCAUCGCAUGUCAAUGUCAUGCAACAUCUAUCAAAAAAUAAAAAUUGAAAAUGAUCUAGUACACCACGUUAUUUUUCUCAGGACGCCGUCCAGGAGCAGGAGCAAGAGCAGAAAAAAUGCGAAAAAUGGAAGAAGGAGCUGGCCGAGAAGACCGAAGAAGUCAAGCUCCUGGAGUCCGAAAAGACGAAGCUUGCUUCCAAGCACGAGAAGCACAAGAAGGAGUACGAGCAGGCACUGCAGCAGGUGCAGGAGUUGGAGUCAAAAGUGUCGACGUUGGUCGUGCAGCAUCGGCAAGUAGCGCACGAAAAAACUGUCUCAGUCUCACAAACCUUAGUAGCAGGUUCAGCAUUACAAAUUUCCUUAGCAUGACACGCAAGAUUUAAAUAUUGUGAUGCGCCGUCAUAUGCAUAUGCAAGAAAAAACACGUAUGUUGGAGGAGUGCCCUUUUCUUGAUGCAUGUCGAGCAUGACAAAAAGCUGUUCAGAACAGUGUCCGCAUCACAAGUUGAGACUGAGACAGGUUUUAUUUCUCGCGAUACCGACUGAAAGAGUCUGCGGGGGAAGCGGGAAACACCGGGGAACGGCUGAACGCAGAGAAGGCAGAGCUGGAAAGACAGGUAGAGCAUAACAUCGACCUUCGCAAUAUCUUUUAAAAGCUGUGUGGAGGUACAGGUCGUGCUCUUGCUCUUUUCUAUUCUCGUUCACGCUGGUAUUUCUUUUUACGCACCGGCAACACGUGCAGCAGCGGAGUAGUGUACCUCUAGCGGCCUGGCUGUGAACCUAGUCUGUUUUCUUCCCUCCACCUGGUGUAUGUUUUGGCGCACAGGGGACGGAGAACAAGUAACGUGAAACAAAUGUAAAUGUAAAUCAAGGAGUUUGUAUUUGAUCCUGUUGUUGUUGGACGACGCUGCACGUCCAAAGUAUACAAAUGGAUGAGUUCUUACAACUCCCCUUUGCUACUUCAGGUCACCGACCUGGAAAGCCAGCUUGCCCAGCAAAAAGCAGACCACAGCCAAACCCUCGAGCAGCAGAAAGCCGAAAGCCUCGCCACGCUCACCGCUAAACUUGCCGAACAAAGUGCGCUGUUUGACCAGAACUUGAAAACCGAAAAGCUUCAGCAGGAAAGCCAGUUUCUCCAGCAGCAAAGCAGUUUGAAGGACGAGUACCAGGAGCAGAUUUUGAAGCUGACAAACGAGCUUAACGCGGAGCAGCAGAAAUCGAGUCUGCAUGACCGAUAUGCAUUGCAAAAGUAUCGUACUUGUACUAAUUCCAAUCGUGCAUGCAAUUACAAAUCAUGUUCUUAAAGUAGAUCCGCAUGACAGAUUCCAUUCCCCAUGCUAAAGAAAUUCAUCAUGCGACUGAUGCUAGUAGGAUACUUACUUUUGCAAUGCAUGACCGAAGUUUGGAGGCGGAAGUCCAACAGAAGGUGGAUUUGAAAGUGGACCAAGAGGUCAAAAUAUGAGAGUGCACAACCGCCCCCCCUCCCCCUCAUUUGUCAUGCGAACAGACCCCAUAUCCAAGUGCUCCCCUGUGGCACUGUUUGCAUGACAGAUUCACCGGAGGCCCAGACAGUACUACACUAGGCGCAUAAACAACUUGUCAUGCACAGGUUCCACGUGUGGUGGUGUUUGUAUUGCCGUUCAUGCAAUACAAAUGAGGGGGACGAGGAGGGGGAGUUGUGCACAUUCAUACAAAAAGCAGCGCGAAGUCUGGACCAGUGAACAGGAGAAACUGCUGUCCAAUUUGGUGAAACAAAAGGACGAAUUUUUUAUGCAUCGCAAAUAUGUCUGGGUCUGGAAGGUUGCAGCUUGUGAUGCUGUCUUUGCAUUCUAAAAAAAUUUGUGUUGCAUGACCAGAAAGAGGGGACCAGCUUGUGCUACGCGGGGUGGCACUUCUCAUGCGGAAUAGGCAUUAGGGAGCCAACAUCUAAAGAUCUGUGACGCUAGGUCAUGCAUUACAGGCGUCAUGGGUCACGCAAAAUAUGCAUGACAAACCCGGCAAUCUUCCAGACACAGACAUAUUUGCAUUUGAUAUUUUUCAACGAAAAGCAAAACCAGCUCAACGCCACUCACCUCGAGGAGAUCAAGAACUUGACCGCGAUAUGCAUUGCAAAUAUGUCUGGGUCCUCUGGAAGAGUUCGAAUUUGUGAUGCGAAGUGUACAUCACGACAAAAUCUGUCAUGCAUGGCUAGCAAAAGGCCCCAGUUCUUGUUACCGAAAGAGGGGAUUUGUCAUGCGCAAUAGGCAUUCGGGCGGUACCUGCUCAAAAUCUAAAUCUGUGAUGCUAGAGCUCGCAUGCCAUCCGAUCUGGGUCAGACAAAAACUGCAUGACAGAUCUCACAUUCUUCCAGACCCAGACAUCUUUGCAUUUGAUACGCGAAAUUUGAAGCCGAGAAGGUGUACGCAUUGCAAAUAUGUCUGGGUCUCGAAAAGUGCAAGUUUGUCAUGCUUGUCUCACAUGACAACUCUUACUUAAAUCUGUAAUGCAUGAGCGUCGAUAUUACAGUCAUGGUUAGCAUCACAAGUUUCCAGACCCAGACGUAUUUGCCUUUGAUAAGGUGCUGAUCGGGAAAGAAAUGGAGGAAAAGUUCGAAAGAAAGAAGCAAGAGGAAAAGGAGCUAUUCGAGACAAAAAUCCACGUUUUGAAGCAGGAACACCAGGAGAAACUGCAAGAAUUGGUUUUAGAGCAGCAAAAUUUGUUUUCCAAGGAAAAGGAGUCUGCGAUCGUUUCUUUGAAGCAGCUAUCAAAUGUAAAAAUGUCUGGGUGUGGAAGAAUUCAGGUUUGUCAUGCUUGUCUGGCAUGACUCUUAGAUCUGUCAUGCACGUUACCCAAGAGCUCCGUUUUUCUGUGAUGCAGAAGCGCAGUUUGUCAUGCAGAAUAGGCAACACCUAGGAGCUCAGAAACUUGUCAUGCUGAGCCAGCAUCUGUAGCCUCAUCAUGAGACGCCACCCAGCAUCACAAGUUUCCAGACCCAGACAUUUUUGCAUUUGAUAGCAGCAGAUCGAAAACAGCAAGGACAAGGAAUUGUCGCAAUUGGAGACGAAGCUCUCACUAUGAGAGUGCAUAACCCCCCCUCUUCCUUAUUUGUAUGGCAUGAGCAGCAAUACAAACGCCAGCACAUCACAUGAAGCCUAUGCGCAUGACAAAUCUAUGUGUCUAAUGUAGUACUGUUUGGGCAGCUUCCGGAAUUUGUCAUGCUUGCAAACAGUGCCACAAGGCAGGCAGCAGCGACUGGAUUUGGGAUUUUGCAUGGCAAAUGGGGGGGAGAGGGAGUUGUGCACUGUCAUACUUACUCCAAGAGCUGGAGUUUCACAAGGAAAGCGAGAAAAAUUCCGUUGCCGUCGAUUUUCUCAACCGGAAAAUUCAAGUAUGGAAGCGUCAGGAUUGUUGAAAUCGUUAAAGUUGAAAUAGUUUGCGAUGCGUGAAAUGCAACCCACAAAAUGCCUGUUUUGCAGAGCAGGCAAUGGAGGCAGAUUGUAAGCCUGUUGAGGGGUUGAAGUAGAGCCGCUAAUAAAGUAGCAUGACAAAAGGCGUCUUGUUCCUUGUCCAAACAGCAUUAAAAACUGGAUUUCGGCUCUACCCAAAUUUGUCAUGCGCCACUUGGAAACUGGGUUACAACUGGCAUCCAUUUUAUGCAUGACAAAAAACGAUUUCAACUUUGUCGAUUUCGAUCCUGACAGAUCCAUAUCACGAACUGGAAGAGGAGAAGCAGAAAAUCGGAAUCGAGAAGCUGGAGAAGGAGAAGGCUUUCGAGGUGAAGAUGGAAGAGGAGCGGAUAAAACUGCAGGAAAAGAUGGUGCUAGAAAAAGAGAAAUUGGAAAAACAGUUUGCGGACGAGAACGAGGCGCUAAACGCCGAGAUUGCGCUGCUGCAGGAGCUAUGCACUGCAAAAGUAUCGCACUCGUAUAAAUGCAUUACAAAUUUUCUCAGCAUGAGAAAUAAAAUUUGUAAUGCGGAUUUGCCUUAAGAGAAAGAUUUGUAAUGCAAGACUUGCAUUGAUACGAAUACGAUACUUUUGCACUGGAUAGGAACAGCACUUCGACCGG